CGUCGUCGUGGUUGCGCGGUUUUUUUUACUGCUCAGUGUGAGAGAGUACGAUCUCUGCAGUGGACAUUUAGCCACCUUGAUUCGAAUCUUCGGUUUUUGUGUGUAGCGAGAAAACAAAACAAAGUGUGCUGGGAUAUCCAGCUUCUUUUUAUCCUUUUUGGGUGGCUGGUCGGAACGUUCGAUUCGGGGUUCGCUGUCUGUACGGUUGUUCGGCGCACAAAGUCCAACUGUGAGGGAGUGACACCGAGGAAAGUGUGAAUCGUGAUACGUUUCGCUUUAAUCAUGCUAAGUGUGUUAAUCCAUUAAAAAAUUUUGAAUAGCGCACCCACCCCGCCAGUCAGUGUGUUGAAACAGGAUUGAAUAAGAGACCCCCUGAUCCGGGUGCUUCGGAGUGAUUUGGUAAAGAUUUUCCAGUUUGGAGUUUUCUCAGUUGUGGCAACUCACUCCGAAACCUUCCACGUCCUGUGCGUUGAACGAUGAGCUAUGGCGAUUAUGCAAAGUGUGUACGGAGAAACUAAACGAACCAGCUUGGUUUGUCAGGAAUUUUAAUCGAUUGAAACGCGCCCACUGGAUGCUAGAUGAAGAAUCAGUGAACUUAUUUCCGAAUCUUGGCAGGGUAGUAAUCCCAGGUGAAAGAAUCAGAGCUAGCGUACGGCGGCAGUAUGAAACCUCAGUGAGUAACAGUGUAUUCGAAGUUCACAGUGACUUUUUCGAGGACGGAACCGUCCCAAAACAGAAUUUGAUUGGCGAUAAAAUUAAGUGCGAAUUCGAGUCGCCGAAGAUAAAGCAAAUUUGUCGUGUCAGUGUGUUGCAAGAUACUAAACAGUGUAAACUUUAGUCGCUCCAAAUGAUGGACGCAUCAGCGGUCGAAGCCCGCGGCUGGUACGACAACCAGCGCCUAGCGGCGGAAAGUUCGCUCGGGCCGUCGGCAGCAGCAGCAGCGGCCGCCGCAGCCUCGCUCGGUCAGCAGUCCGGUGCCGGUGGCGUCGAUUCGUCCGACAUGAAUGCGUUCUAUCGGUUCGAGAAUGGUGCUGCGGCGGCUGCCGCCCACCGGCGCUACUACCCGACCGGAUACGGAACGCACGCCUCUCGGAUGUCCCCGCAUAUGGCCCCACAGGUGUGUCGGCCGCACUUCCCCAGCCCGCUGUCGUGGUUCAACGAAUCUACGAAACCUUUCGCGGCCAGUGGUAGCUGGAGCAGUCCCUUUACCUGCCCUCAAGAUCCACAAGACAGCAAACAGAGUCAGUUACAGAGCAGUCAGACCUCAGCCGGUCAGCAUCUGUUUUCCUUCCCGCCAACCCCACCGAAAGAUUCGACGCCAGACUCGGUGCAAACCACGCCCAAUGAGUAUCAAACCACCCUGAACAACUUCAUGCACCAGAGUCAAACGUCAUCCAGUGGCCUGAAUGUCGCAUCGAGUUCCAAUAACAACAACAACAAUUCUAGUAUUUCGUCGCAUUCGGCGGACAACUGUGGAAUCGACGUAAAACCGUGCUUAUCCGGUAGCUCACUGAGUGACCGGAACAAUGCGGAGGUGGAACAGCAUCAUCCGAAACAUCGGGAAGGUACGGGUAACAACAAUAACAACAACAAUAGCUCUAGUACCAAUAGUCACGGUGGGAGCAAUAGCAGUGGUAACAGUAGUGCUGCCUACCACAAUUCCGCCACCAACAACUCGUUCAACAUGUUCGAUCAGUCGCACCAUAGCGGAGUGACCGGCGGGUACGAUCACUCCGGCUACGGAUUCCACCAUUCCGGGCACGGCAUCGGCGGUGGAGGCGGCAGUGGUAACGGUGGUGCUAGCAGUGGAACCGGUGGAUCGUACCAGCAAAGCUCCCGGCCAAGCCUCAUGAACAGUUCACACAUGAAGGCGCAACGGGCCAAAGUGAAAUCCAGUGCCGAGGGACGAGAGUGCGUCAACUGUGGUGCCACCUCGACGCCUCUGUGGCGGCGAGAUGCGACCGGCCACUAUCUGUGCAAUGCAUGCGGACUGUACUACAAAAUGAACGGCCAAAAUCGGCCGCUAAUCAAACCGAAACGGAAACCAGUUACCUCCCAGCAAAGCGCUGCCCGGCGGGCGGGAACGUCAUGUGCAAACUGCAAGACCACAACCACCUCGCUGUGGAGGAGGAACCAAAGCGGAGAACCAGUUUGCAACGCCUGUGGACUGUACUACAAGUUGCAUAAUGUGGAUCGACCGCUCACGAUGAAAAAGGAAGGCAUACAAACGAGAAACCGUAAGCUCACCGCUAAAUCCAAGAAGCGAAAAUCAGCACCCGGCUAUAGUUUCUCCUUCGGAGAUCUCAUGACCCCACUGGAUCACAACAAAUCCUUCCCGGGUGGUUUCCCGACUACGAUGGGACAACACGCCCAUCUGUCGAGCGGACUACACCACGCCCACUCGCACAUGCACAGUGGCUGGUAUGCGACCGGGUUGGGAUCACUCGGAACGUCCGGUAGCCUCCAGAAUGGCUUCAGCAGUGCAGCACCUCUGGGAACCGGAGCCGUUGGGCAUCCACAGUCGUAUCACCUCGGGCUGAACUCUAUGAGCUGGAGAUCCGAGUACACGUGACUAAUGGGACAGUAGAUCGGACUGGUCGCGUGGCAGUAAUCGCGACAAAACGCUCACCGAUAGAGGGAGAGAAAAACGGGUUCUAGCAGCAAAAGAUUUGCUUCAUCCGCAGCAAUAAGUUGAUAUUAGUACAAUUCUAGAGUUAACCCAAACCCAGCAGCAGAUAAUUACAAUUAUACGAUUCACAGUUCGCAUUCUCCUGCACAGCCCCCGUUCACCGGCAAUGUAACCUACCCAGUGCAAAGGCGUAACUCAUCUUCACGUUUUCAAUAAUCUGCAGACAGAUUUUUCUAUCCCUUGGUUUGCUUGGUUCGCAAGAAUGAAUUCUUAAGCCGAUUGACGACGUCAUUAUGAAUCACGAUGAUUCGAGUGAAGAUAGCUCUCAUACCUUACCUUUCGGAUUCGCGUCUAACGAAAACACCUUUCCAAACUACCUUACACUUGUUAAGAGCGCUCCCGCUAUCAACACUUAUACCGGAAAUGAGCCCGAAUCCGAAUUCAGAUUACACAAUCGAGCGUAACACACACUCACACACAUAGACACACACAUAAAUCAACUCCUUGCUGGUACGAAAUAAUUUACACUUCAAGCUCAUUUGCGUGAAGCUCAAUCAUCGAAUCCAUCAAAGCAGCCGGGCCAGAGAGAAAUUUGCUCCUUCCACUGACUGACAUCUUUCCCUUCCAUCAGCUCGUAUCGCUGCGCAAGAGUUAUGAAUCCCGUACAUUAGCCCCACUCCCCAUCUCCUCCUACCCCUCAUUCGCAAGCGAGUCAAACCGUUUAUCGCCUCUACGAAAACCUUCCAAUUUCGCCGAACAUGGUUCAGUGGCGCCAAACGGCAAAGCUGCUGUCGAAAAAGUGCAAAGAAUUAGAUAGUUAAAUUAUGUUUACUUUCUUUAGCGUCAAGUAAAUUUAUUUUACUUUAGUUUAUUUUUUGUUGUAGCUCAAAAUACUUGUAAGCUAGCACAAGAGGAGAAAAGGCAAUUGCAAACCUAAUUUUAAGUAGUCAGAGACUGUUGCAAGGGAAGAAACAUAACUAGGAUUAAGCUCAAGAAUCAGUGUAUAAUAAUGGUAUAAUAAUAUAUUUGUACAAAGUGUAUAUUUAAAUAAAUGGCAAAAUAGCUAUAACAAGCAUGUACAUAGAAAGAAAUGAAUAAAAACAAAAUUAUUAAAAAAUUAAACAUAGUUCAGCUCAAUAUAAAAAGUGAAAACAGAACAGAACAAAUAUCGGAUUUUGAAACCAGAUAUAGCAACAAAGCAGAACAUUUCUUAGUAAUCAUUUUAUGGGAAUAUAACUUCUUCUGUAUUGGAAUGUGAACCCACUGCCAUAAAAUUUUAUUUAAAUAAUUGUUGUGAUCUAUUGUGAUA